UUCUAUUGUCUGCUCCAAUUUCGCAGGGCAUUGAUGUUCAUCUUCCAACUGAUUCCUACUUCAGAUAAACCAAUCCAGAGAUGAUAAAUAUUAUAGUUUGUUUGUUUCUCUUUCCAAUAAGCCUAACUGCAAUGCAGUUAGAUAACAGAACUCUGUUUGCUAAACUUGGAGAUACUAUUUACAUUCCUUGCUUUUACCAUAGCCAAAUGGCCAUGCACUUCUCUUGGUACAAGCAUGAACUUGGGCAGAAUCCCAGGCUUAUCUUCACCAUUUAUAAGUAUGAUCAGAAAGCUACAUUUUACCACGAUUUCAGGGAUAGUUCACGCUUUUCCAUGCUGUCUGAUAAAGGUCUGUAUCAGUUGGUGAUAAGAAACCUUCAGUUCUCAGACUCCGCAAUAUACUACUGUGGAAGCUCAUAUUCCAAUGUACUGGAAUUUAUCCAGGGGACAGAGUUAAUAGUUCAAGAAGUAUACACAUACACUGCUAUUCAACAACACGCUUUACAUCCAUUUGACCUUGGAGAGUUAGUAAGUCUGCAGUGCACAGUUCUCAAUCAGAGUUGUUUGGGAAACCACAGUGUCUACUGGCUCAUAAACACAUCGGAACCAAGAAUUAUUAAGGUGCAUGGACUAAGUAAUGCUCAGUGUGAGUGGAGCUCUGAUGCUGGUUACAGAGAACGUAAAUGUGUCUACAGCUUAUCAAAAAAGGACCUCAGCCUUUCUGAAUCAGGAACUCACUACUGUGCUGUUUUUGCAUGUGGGGAGAUUUUAUUUUUUAAUAGUACAAGACCACUUUUUACAGGUGAUGAUUCCACAGAACUGAUUUCUACCAUUGUUCUUCUUUCCAUUGUAAGAACACUACUCUUUUUAAUCGUUAUUGCCACAAUUACAUUGUGGUACUGCAUGCAUUCCAAAAGAAUUGCAAGAGCUAGUUUUUCUCCACCAAGUGGCAAGACUUUUAGAGAGGGACCUGGUGGACAAUAAUAAGAUAAUCUAUAGAUAAUUUAUGAAAUCAACUUUAAUUUCCAUCAACUAUACCAUAUAUCAAUACAACUAAUAAAUGCAAUGCCUGUGAUUGCUACAUGUAUCAUUAUUUGAAAAGGCUUAACUUUUGUUGAUUAAAAAUAUUAAAAAUAAAUACAUUUCAAAUGUAUAAAAAUGUGUCUCGAAAUUGCAUAUUAAA